UUAUCAUUUCACCCAACUGCCCCUAACAUUUCCACCCUUAUCACUCACCUAAAGUUGAUCAACUCCUUUUCCACUUCUUUACGUGAUCAUCUCCAUUUAACAGCAAAUAGAAAUAGCGUAUAUGGAAGAAGAAGAAAAAGAAGUAAAUGAAGUAGCUAUGAAGUCGAGAUAUCCCAGAAAGCUCAACUUUAAUGCACCGCUCUUGUCGACUAGGCGUAUUGGUGGCUACUCGGGCGAAGAAGUGAAUUCACAAGGUGUGUUGCAGCAGGCUGCAAGUGAUCAUAGCAUUCCAUUUUCAUGGGAGCAAGCUCCAGGCAAGCCCAAGGAAUCAGAGAGAGGUGACAUCCAUGAUGGGGAUGAUACACCUCGUCCAAGGCUCCCGCCAUGUCGUUGGCAUCCAUCCAUAGAUGCAACAAACAAUCAUGAUGAUCAUCAAGCAGUUAUUAGUGAUCAUGAUGAUGAUGGUUGUGAUGGUGAUGGUGAUGUUGAUGUUGAUGUUGAUGUUGAUGACGACGACGCCGCUUUCUCGGAUGCCAUGGACGUGUUCUCCUUGUCAGAGGCAAUAGACAUUGUGACAAAAGCAGAGAAAGUUGAGGAGUUCAAUGGCUUAAAGUUGAAGCUUGCAGAGUCUAGAGGCAAUGAGUCACCAAAUUUCAUAAUCAAGCGUUUUCUUCCUGAUGCCACUGCAUUGGCUGAAUCAUCUGCUUUAACUUUCUCCAAGAGCUUCAACAAGAAAUUUCCUAAGCCCUGCAACUACCCUGAAUCCUCUGCUUCACCAAAAGGUUGUGGCCUGGAAAUUCUCUUCCCCUGGCGCAUCAAGCACAAGCUUUGUGGCAUAAAGAGCCCCAUCCGGCAAGACUCUCUAAAUGUGCAGCCUCAGUGGAGGGCAAAACAAAAGAAACAUUAUUGUUCAUCCGCUAAUGUCUUUAGCAAUAAUGUAGAUAAAGAUACUAGAGACUAAUGAAGACUUUUUUUGCCUUUCCUUUUUCUAGCUUGAACUUCUUUAAGCAAAUACCAGUACUCCAAAUAUAGUCUGAUAUUGCUCAUAACCAUUGUGGAUGUUUUGACCGUUGA